AUGGCUCACUUCUACCACUUCAGCUUCCACAGUUCCAUCGGGCAUCACGGGCCCAAGCGGACCCCCAAACAAAAUUCCGAAGAGAAAGCCCCGAAGGUGACCGCUCCCGUCACUCCCGAGACGGCUUCGCAAAUCCAAGCGCAGCAGACGACAAAACGCAUCCUCCGCCGAGUCGAUCUGCGACUUGUUCCCAUCCUUUCGCUACUCUAUCUGCUGUGCUUCCUCUGCCGACAGAACAUUGGAAAUGCAAAGACCUACCAUAUGACAUAUGACCUGCACUUGACCACACAGCAGUACCAAAUUGCAUUGACCGCCUUUUUCCUCUCGUACUCCACUUUUGAUAUUCCAUGUAAUAUCAUGCUUAAGAAACUUCGGCCGUCCGUGUGGCUGCCUCUUAUGACGCUUUUGAGCGGGGUUAUUACUGUUUGCAUGGGAGUUGUCAAGAAUGCGGAUGAAUUGAUUGUUGUGAGAACGUUUCUGGGAAUGACCGAAUGCGGUUUGUUCCCCGGUGUGGCGUACGUGAUAACGAUGUGGUAUUGCAAGAAAGAAGCGCAAUUCCGACAGGCGCUAUUCUUCUGCGCGGCCAGUAUGGCAGGAGCCUUCGCUGGACUCCUCGCUGUCGGCCUUAGCAAAAUGGACGGUUUGGGCGGCCAGGAAGGCUGGCGCUGGAUUCUAAUAAUCGAAGGUCUUUUGACAGUAGGGGUUGCCAUAUGCGCCUUCUUCAUAGUCCUUGACACCCCCGAUCGCGCCAAAUUCCUAACAAAGGAGGAGAAAGAAUUCCUCCUCCGCCGCCUAGAAGUCGACCAAUUCGGCGAGGAGGAGGACGAACUCACGGAAGCCGAGAAAGCCCGGAUCCACACCGACCUGCCCAAGUCGCAAAUAUUCAAAUCGGUGUUCACGGAUUGGCAUAUCUACGCUCAUAUCCUCGUCUUCUACGGAAUUUCCUGCCCGCUUUACAGCAUCUCUCUAUGUCUACCUUCCAUCGUGCAGGAGUUGGGAUACACCUCUGCCCAGGCCAACUUCCUUACCGUACCUAUUUACAUAACCGCGUGUUUACUAUCGCUGCUAACGGCGUACCUUUCGGACAGGACGGGGAUGCGCGCGGUUUUUAUUGCUAUUUCCUAUACUACCAUGUUUACUGGCUUCCUUAUUGCCGCGCUUCGUCCUGGACACUUUCCUGGUCUGGCAUACGCUGGCUUGUUCAUCGCUGCCUGCGGGGUAUAUCCGGCAUUUCCUGGUAUGAUCACUUGGUGCAGUAACAACCUAGCAUCAAGCGGAAAGAGGGCAAUCGCUAUGGCGCUACAUAUCGGCAUGGGCUCAUUUGGUGGCGCGAUGGGCGCAAACUUCUACCGGGUGCAGGACAAACCUUUAUAUAGAUUGGGGCAUUGGCUGAACUUGGGAUUUGUCUGUGUUGGUGGGGUCGCGAUUGCCGUGAUCUACUUCAGCUACUACACGGAAAAUAAGAGGAGGGAGGGUGUGCGCGCGGGGUUGGUAGAGGAAUUGGAGAAGGAGAUUGAGAAGGCUGGCAGGGGCAAGGGGGAGGGUGAGAAGCUGAGGAGGGGGUUUGUGGUUAAGAAGGAGGAAAGUCUUGCGUUGGAGGGGGAUAUGAGCGUUUGGUUUCGGUAUAUGAUGUGA